AUGUUGCAUGAAUGGGAAAGUAAGCCUCCUCCACCGCAACCAGCCACUCAGCGGCCGCCGCACAAUUAUGGAAACAAAGCCACGAGGGCAUACAAUCGAGGCGAUGAGAGCAGUCGCGGGACAGUGUGGAUGCACACAAACGGUUUCAUUGGCUGUUUUGCGGAGUCACACAUCAUUGACUCAGACAUGGAGCGCCAGGCUGAGGUGCAAUAUGUCAUCGUUGUUGAUCUCGAUCCUGUUACACUGAUGGAAAGUAAAACGUUUAUGCAUGAGCACAAACCUAUCACGCAGCUGUGCUUGCCAUAG